AUGAUCCUGACUCGGUUCGCGACAGGCUUCUUGCUGCUCCCAGCUAGCUGGGCCGCAACCAUUGAUCGCCGUCAAGCUUCGCCAAGCCUGAAUACAUUGUUCCAGAAUGCGGGCAAGAAGUUCUGGGGUCAGUGUGCUGACCAGGGCCGCUUGACAGAGAAUUCCCAAAAUCCCGCCAUCUAUGAAGCCGACUUUGGCCAAGUCACACCAGAAAACAGCAUGAAAUGGGAUGCAACCGAACUCUGGCACUCCCAGCUCCCCAGCUGGGUAUGUCAAAUAACUGAUAAGACGGCACUCACCAAUGCAAUGACCAACCAUAUCACCACGGUUGUAAAUCGGUACAAGGGUAAAGUAUAUGCUUGGGACGUCGUGAAUGAGCCUUUCAAUGAAGAUGGAAGCUUGCGUCAGGAUUGCUUCUACAAUGUUAUUGGCCCUGACUACAUUAGUAUAGCCUUUAAGGCAGCCCGCGCAGCCGAUCCAAACGCGAAACUCUACGUAAAUGACUAUAAUCUUGACUCUGCAACAUAUUCUAAGACCAUUGGAGUGGUCGCUCAAGUGAAGCAGUGGAUAGCCCAGGGAAGUCUCCACACAAACUCGGUGAAUGCUACAAACAUCCUGACUCUUGUGAACCAGGUUGCCCAAGCUUGCUUGAAUGUGCCGAAGUGCGUCGCUAUCACGUCGUGGGGGGCAUCAGACAAGGAUUCUUGGCGCGCCAGCGACACGCCUGACCUUUUUGAUACCAACUACAGUGCUAAACCGGCAUACUAUUCUGUAGCAAGCCUUGUCAGCGGCUUUCAUACCACCACAUCUAGCGGCACUUCGACUUCCACUACUUCUACUGCUACGACCACUAAGUCCACUACUACGACCACUACUUCUACUACUACGACCACUACGGCGAGUUCUUCUACACAAACUCAUUGGGGACAGUGCGGGGGCAUUGGCUGGACUGGAGCAACUGCGUGCCAGUCCCCAUACACCUGCCAAGCGCAGAAUGCGUACUAUUCUCAAUGCCUUUAG